CCGACAGUUUCCCGGUAGAGACAGGAUUUUUUCGCUCUGCAAUUAAGGUGUAUAAUUUCAGUUAAAUACGGUUAACGUCUGCAAAAUAUAUGGAAAACUACUGCAACUUCAAACCCUAAUGAAAUCAUAAAUAUACUAUUACAGGAAGGCAGAAAUAAAUCAGUACAAGCAUAAUUGAAAUAACAAAUAUUAAUAUCGACCUCCGAAGAUAAUCUUAAGUGCAGUUUAGUGACAAUGGCGAACAACAACUACGCCGGGUUCAACUACGGCGGCACUCAAUACAAUACGGGCCAAGUCUCCUAUCCUGCCGUUACCAAUGCUACGUAUGCGAAUGCGGCAGCCUAUCAAAAUGCUGCUGUUGCUGCUGGCCAGGGUGGCUAUGCAGCGGCCGGUGCUGGAGCAGGCGGCGGAUAUGGAGGUUAUGGUGAUUAUAGAACCGCUAUGCAGUCAUACGACGCCACCAAGACAUUUUAUCAACAAGCACCGGCCAGCUACAACACGGCGUCAGCAGCUGCAGUAAGCAAGACCCACUACUCUGCGCCACCUGUUAAAAAUCCGAACUCGGCACAGAAGGGCUCUGGAAAAAUGGACAAGUCGAAUGGUACUCCCAAACCGCCAAAUGUGCCGCCACCACCCAAUGUGCCACCAGGCGCGAACACCUAUAGCAGCUACGACACGGCACUGUACAGUGCAGCUAGCAUGUAUGUGGCCCAACAACAUCAGGGCCCCCAACCUGGUGGCAUGAAACCAAAUGGCGCUAGUUCUGCCAAUUGGUAUCAACGUAAAAUGAAUCCAGCCAUGCCUGGUGCAGGUGCUAUACGCAAUUUGAGACCCAAGGCACCGCCACGCCCUCAACAAUUACAUUAUUGCGAGGUAUGCAAAAUCUCAUGUGCUGGCCCACAAACCUAUCGUGAGCAUCUGGAGGGCCAGAAGCACAAGAAACGUGAGGCCUCAUUAAAGAUGCAGGCUAGUGCUACAUCAACUACACAAAAUCGUGGUAAUAACUACCACUGUGAACUGUGCGAUGUCACAUGCACCGGCACCGAUGCCUAUGCCGCACACGUGCGUGGGGCCAAGCAUCAGAAGGUAGUUAAAUUGCAUCAAAAACUUGGCAAGCCCAUACCAUCGGAGGAGCCCAAAAAAAUGGGCAAAAUAAGUUUUGUGGCCGCAUCUGGCGGAGGUGCUGGAGCAGCGGCAGCUGCUGGUAAGCCGGCAGCCGAUGGUAGCACAAAUGAAGCCGAUGCAGCGGCAACUGGAGAUGGAACUGAUAAUAUUGAUGAUAGUCUUGACGAUUCCCUGGGGGAGAAUUCGGACAACAUAAAACCCGUUGGGGGCGAGUACAUUGAAGAGGUUAAGGAUGAAGAGGGAAAAAUUCUCAGCUUCAAUUGUAAGCUUUGCGAUUGUAAAUUCAAUGAUCCCAAUGCCAAAGAAAUGCACAUGAAGGGACGCCGACAUCGCUUACAGUACAAGCGAAAAGUACAACCAGACCUGGUUGUUGACUUCAAGCCGACGCCACGUCAGCGACGUUUGGCUGAGGCGCGUGCUCAGCGUGCUUUAAUGCAAUCGCACCGUGGCGAUGACCAUGAGGGUGGUGGCUACUGGGAAGAACUUCGCAAUCGUCAGUACAAUGAGGAAUAUGACUACAAUAAUUGGAUGUCGCGCAGCUUUGGUGGCGCACAACGCUUUGGCCGCAUGGGCAAUGGUCCGCCACCACACUUUGGUAUGAUGCCCGGUGGCAGUGUACGCCGUCCGGAGAGCACCGACGAUCGUCAUGCCAUUGCACGCCACGCUGAAAUCUAUCCCAAAGAAGAAGAACUACAGACCAUCCAACGCAUUGUAUCUCAUACCGAACGAGCGCUCAAACUUGUUUCGGAUGCGUUGGCCGAGCAACCUGGUGAAACUGGGCCGGCCGCUAAAAAAGAGAAAGCCGAUAAGCCAUCGGAAAAAGAUGGUCGGGAUAAUCAAAUUUUCUCAUUCCACAAAGAAGCCGACAAUGGUGGCAAUGUGGUACGCCUCUUGAAGGGUGUCAUGCGUGUGGGCUUUUUAGCCAAAGGUUUGCUCUUGCAUGGCGAUAAUGCCGUCGAGUUGGUUGUGCUCUGUGCUGAAAAACCCACUGUGGGUUUGUUGCAACGCGUGGCAAAUGUUUUGCCCGAUAAGCUCAAGGAAGUAGCAGGUGAAACUCCAGUCAACUAUCGCAUCGAGGUUGAUGCCGGUGAGGCUGCCGUCAUAGUGCUCGAUGAAGCCGUUUCUGUCAAGAUUACAUUAACUUCGCCUCUGCUACGGGAGCCCAAUGCUGGCGAGGCCGCCGUUAAGGCUGAGCCCGAUGUUAAACCCAGUGGCGACGGCGAAUUUUUACCACGCGAACCAUGUCUGCGUGCGCUUGCUGAUUUACGUCACGCUAAAUGGUUCCAGGCGCGUGCAACUGGCUUGCAAUCGUGCGUCAUGGUCAUACGUAUAUUGCGCGAUCUGUGCCAGCGUGUCCCCUCGUGGCAAUCAUUGCCGCAAUGGUCCCUCGAGCUGCUCGUCGAGAAAGUCAUCUCAUCUGCUGGUUUCCCAAUCUCCCCUGGCGAUUGCAUGCGUCGCAUAAUGGAGGCUCUAUCGUCGGGCUUUCUCAUUAAUGGGCCUGGUUUGCUCGAUCCUUGUGAGAAGGAUCCAACCGAUGCACUCCAGCCCCUCACCAAGCAGGAACGUGAAGAUCUUACUGUCUCAGCCCAACUAUUCCUGCGCUACAUUGCUUUCCGUCAAAUCUACAAAGUGCUUGGAAUGGAUCAAUUACCAGCUAUGAAGUUCCCAAUGCGUCCAUGGCGUUUAAAUCGCAAGCGACGUCGAUCUUCGGGCAAGGCUGGUGCGCCCGGUGGGGAGUCCGAGGGAGCCGAUAUCGAAGAGACAGGAUCAGAUGAAAAGGUGCCCAAGAAAGAUGGUCCUGGAGCGACUGCCGCUGGUGGAGUAGCAGCCUGAGGUGCUUCAGCCACAAAACGUAGUAGUAGGAAUAGAUAUUGGCUGGCUUCGCAAACUUGAAGACCAUAAUUGUACACUUUUUUUCUUAAAUUAAUCGCGUGCUGAAACGCCAACUAAGUAACACUACCCCUUUUUCUAAGUAACUAAUUGCGACGCAUCUGGCUCUGGACAAAGAUUUACAUGUCCAACAUGCUGUCUGAAUUUGCAGAAUCACCAGAAAACCCUCAAUGUUCAUUAUUUAUGCAACUUAUGUAUUUUUCCCCAAUUUUAUUACAAACCAAUAUGCAACACAA